UUCGUUUAACAAAACAAUAACAAUGAGCGGCUCGCAAUUAUUCCCCGUAAAUCUGAACAAUCUGACUGCCAAGGAGCGACACAACUAUAUCCUCAACCACUACGUGCUCAACUCGCCGGCGGAGGCGGAAUCCCGUCGGCACAAGCGUGACAUCGAUGUGAUACGCGAGAAUCACCGCUUCCUUUGGGACGACGAGGAGGUGGACACCGAUUCGCUCAGCUGGGAGCAGCGUCUGGCCCUGCGCUACUACAAGAAGCUGUUCAAGGAGUACUGCAUAGCGGAUCUGUCGCGCUACAAGGAGAACAAGAUAGCCCUGCGCUGGCGAACGGAGCAGGAGGUGGUCACCGGCACGGGGCAGUUCCAGUGCAGCAGUCGCCACUGCGGCGAGCGGGAGAAUCUGCGCAGCUGGGAGGUGAACUUCAAGUACAUUGAAAAGGGGGCCCCUUUGAAUGCGCUGGUUAAGGUUCGCCUUUGCCCCACGCACACGGAUCAGUUGAACUACCGCACCAAGAAGAAGGAGUACAAGAAGCAGCGACACCGGGAGAAGGAGGAACGAAGGGCUGAGCGGAAAAGAAAGCGUCGCAAAGUGGAUGUCGAGCCGGAAAGUUCUACAGACAGCGAAGAGAAAGAGGAGACUGAGGAAUCCCCGCCAGAAACCAACAAGGAGGAACCCACAACCAAAGACACCUCCGAACCCGACGAACAAAUCUGGCAGCAACAGCCCGAUCUCGGCCAGGAGCAGACCUCCAGGGAGCAGGAAUUCGAGCGCUAUCUAGAGGACUUGCUCUUUUAAAAUACAUAGCACAUUUAUUUGGAUUCAACGUA